UUCUGGAAAGCCAGUGGAGGGAAGGGUAGGACACUAAACAAGGAUGGACCACGAGGGGAAAGGUUGAAGGGAGAAAGUCCGAUCCGGCGACUAACAUUAAGAACGUCGAAGGAGGGAAACACGAGGAGAAGGUUGGAGUAGGUGUACCAAAGGUAGGAAAGAGAGCGCGAUGGUUCGUUCCGUGGCUGGUUAGAGGGGAGCGGAGGGGGGCAAUCGGUGCGAAAGAGAGAGAGGACCAGGCACGUUAGACAGAGUUGGUGCUAGAGCAAAUCAAGUGUCGGAGGAGAGGGGGCGGCAGAGAAGGCGCUUCGAAGGUAGGGGGAGAGAGCAGUGCCUUGGCGCGAGCCCGAGGACUCGAAACUCCGGAAUUCCAACCGACAGAACAGUGCCGGCGGUCGUACGACGCGGGUCUGGAGAGUGUGUGAACAGGAUAGAGUGAGAGAGAAACGGACAGUGGUGGCAGAGAGGGGCGAGGUGGAAAAGAGGGGAGAGGGACACGAGGUUGAGGACGAUCGCUAGGCUAUUUACAAUCGCAGUUCGAAGGAUAAACCGCUCUCGUCUUGUGCCCGCGCUUCGUGGUUAACAGUUCUGCGUUCUUCGAGGUGCCGGGCUACAUUCGAUAUCGCGCGAAAUCCUCGAUUCUCGAUAACAAGAGUCCAGGAGUCGAACGGGUGGACAAUUCUGCUCCAAUCCAUUAGUGACGGAAUGGACACGAGACCAGUGAGCAAAGUGAGAAGUGAUCGAUCGCGAUACGACCGAUGAUUCGAACACGAAGAGUCCCGAUUGCCGUUGGACCGCGUGAAAUCGCUCGUGGGGCCAGUCGAACGGAGAUUCGGGAAGGAGUGACGGGGAAAUCGAGGGAUCGAGCCAACAUGUAAAUCGCACGCGACGCGAAAAUCUUUGUUUACUUUUUCUUUUAUUUUUAUUUCGUUCCCUUUGUUUACCUUCGCACGGAUCAAACUUUCCCGCGGGUUCGUCAAGGUUUUCGAGAAUUCGCGAGUUUUUCGGACACAACGUCGGGUGGACGCGUAUUCUGCUGAAGCGGAAGAGCAGCUCGGAGCAGCCAUCGUGCAUCGAACCGUUGUUGUUGUCGUCGUCGUCGGCACAUCGUCGAGGCGAAGACGACGAUGCCGCACGCGGUGAUAGGCUCGACGUCGCACCAGGUGGAGCGCUCGAGGUUAAUCUGGACUUUGCCUGGCGUACGUGCGAUCAUAUGAUAAAUGUAGAACACGUUUUACCCCGUCUUUUUUUCUUUUUUCCGUUCUUUCCUUUUUUCGUUCGUGCCCCCCUCGUCCCGCAACGUCCUCGUUUAACAAAGUUAAAAUUACGCGCUACGACGGCUCACGUGACUCCAGUUUUCGCGCGUCUUUCGAGGCAUCGUGUCCAUGUGCCGUACGCGAGGAAUCCCGCAUCGGCGGUCGUCGACGGCUGAAAGGAGGGAGGCGCGAGACGUCGCGACUUGACGCGCGUGUUUACCCGGCACCAGUUCCCAAAACCGUUCGCUACGUUCUGUGUCAGUGAUACGGUAGAAAACUAACGUCGCCGAUAAACCGAGGACAGACUGUUAUCGGGGGGACACUUGGUGCGCGCGCGAGAGCGCGUGUACGCGCGCUUAUGUGUGCAGCGGCGAUUUCGGUUGUGCGAGGUGCGUCGUUCGUCUCCGUCCCUCGUAUUACGGACAAGUGCCGUGCUCGGGUUUAGAGAGACGAGGAAGGAGUCGACGUCUAUGCGAGACACAGCGUGGGAGCAACGACCGAGAGAGACAAUAUGAGUGAAAUGACGAGUGUCGAGCAGCAGCAACAACAGCAACAGUACGUGGGCAGCAGUUCGAAUCCGGAGCAUCAUUGCAAGGACUGCGGCCUCUACUUCGAGAGCGACAAAAGUCUCGAGGUGCACCUGCGAUACCACCAGGAGAACCUGCUAAGUCAGUGGGCGAGCCAGGCCCAGCAGGAGGAGAGUAACAACAACAACAGCAAGGCAGGCAAUCACAACAGUCACGUGGGCGUUAAACGCGAAAGCGUGACCGCGCCGGCGGACUCGAGCGAACCAUCCUCGAGGCCGCCCUCUCAAGACCCUACGUCCUCUCAGCAGCAACAGCAGCAGCAGCAGCCGCAACAGCAACAGCCUGCCGGUCAAAGUUACAAUCACUUCCAAACGCCGAUGUUCGGCGAGGCCAACUAUUUUAUGCAGAACGAACCGGCCUAUAUCCUGCCCCAUCAUUACUCACCGCCGGGAGACGACGCGCAGAACAAUGGCGGCAGUAGUGGUGGCGGUGGAGGUUAUUCGCGAUACCAUCCGUACCAGCAUCAACAGCAUUUUCCACCGGAACGUACCAGCUCGGUUAGUUCCACCAGUCCAAGAAGCCCGCCGAUUCAAUGCGAAAAAUGCGGCGCGGUGUACGAGGACGCGAAUCAGCUGGGCGAACACGUGAGAACGAGUCACUCGAAUUCUCCCGGAGGGUAUCCCGGACAACAUCAAUAUCAGCAACUGGGCAACAGUCCUCAGCAGCAGAAUCAACAGCAGCAACAAUUGCACGCGUCUCCGCCUCAGUCUAACCAGCAGCAGCAGCAGCAGCAGCAACAGCAACAACAACAACAGCAGCAGCAAUCUGGUUACGACUAUAACAGCGGGCAGACGGUGAAAGUGGAGGUGAAGCAGGAACCGGAGGAACAGGCCGAGAUUCUCGAUCUGGACUCUCACAAGGUUCAAACUCACAGGUACGAGGAAGAACUGAUGAGGCUUCACCAGCAGCAGCAACAAGAGUUGCAGAUGCAGCUACACCAGCAGCAGGUGCUGCAACAACAGCAGCAUCAGCAGCAGCAACGGGCAGGAUCGCAUUCGGUGAGUUCUAUGCUCGGUUGGCCGCCAACCGCUCAGCCGCACGAUUAUCAUCCCGGUUUAUCGCCGAUGGGGCCCAUGGACAGUGUUUCGCCGCUCCCAGAUCAGGGUCAAUUCAUGCGCGGGCAGCACAUGCCCGUCGAACCGCCGCGACAUCCAGGUUCGCCUAUCAUUACGAGCACGCAACCGAUACCUGGCCACCAGAUGCCCGGUGGUCUUCUCCAGCAACCGCCUAAGCCUCCGCCGAUAGCCAAUCAAUCGUGGAAAAGUAACGAGGCGCGACGACCAAAGACCUACAACUGCACCGCGUGCAACAAGUGGUUCACCAGCUCGGGCCAUCUGAAAAGGCACUACAAUACCACGUUGCACAAGAACGCGGUUAAGCAGAGCAAUCAACCGGAUCCGGCCAACAUGCCUAUCAGCGCUCAUCAUCAUCCUGGUAGAGAUAACCAUUCCGGUGGCAGAAGCGGGGGAUCGUCGAGAUCGCCAGAAUUAUCUUCUUCCGGGAGUCCCCCAAACUUGAUGGCAGGUCCUUCGGGCGAGGCGGCGAGGGGCCUGCUGCACACGCCCACCACCACCAGUCUUUACAACAACAACAAUUCCAACAACAGCAACAGCAGCAGCAGCAGCGAGUCUUCGGCGGCGGCGGCGGCGGCUCUAACGCAGCAGCAGCAGCAACAACAGCAGCAGCCUUCGGCGGUCCACUUGGGCUCCACAAUGGUACCGCCGCUCAAUUCGCCGGCGCAAUCCCCAAUGGCGGGCCACCAUCAGCACCAAAUGGGUUCCCCGUCACCCCAGCUGGGCCACCAUCAGCAGCAGCAACAGCAGCAGCAGCAACUUCACCACCUGCCAAUGGGUUCGCCGUCGGGCCAACUUCCGGUCCACCAUCCCAUGAGUUCGCCCAUAUCGCCCAUGCACCCGCCGCCGGCGCCCCACCUGAAUUCCCCUUCGCCAAUGGGCUCGUCCCACCCGCACCACAUGAGUUCGUCGUCUCCCAUAACGCCGGGCUCGGUCCACCCAGCAAUGGCUUCGCCCACGGCGAUGGGGGGUACUACGAUGCCUCAUCAGCCGUACCCAAACGCCUUGCCCCCCCACGUUACAACUACUACCAACAUCCCGGGCCUGCUGGAGUCUAUCACCAUCCAGCUAACUACUACUGGUAAUGAGAUGCCGAUGACGCUUAACGGGCAGUCUCAACAUCGGCAGCAAACUCAACACCAGCAGCAGCAGGAGCAACAGCAGCAACGCCAGCAGCAGCAGCAGCAGCAGCAACAGUCUCAGGAUGUUUUACCCGGUUUUGGGACCUUCAGUAACCACCAGAGGACCCUGCCAAGUUUCACGCAAUUCAACGUGACCGGGUUCUUAAUUGGCCAGAAUCAACCUCAGGCCGUUAACGUGGGGGGGCUAAGUCCAGAGGAGAACGCGUCUCCUCAAGAUAGAUCGUUCGACUCGACUGGAUCUACCUACGAUCCGUACAGAAAUUCGCCGCCUCGAUACGAAUCGCUGUCCAACAUGGAGGCGGACAUGCUGCCGAACACCGACGGCAUGAUCAUCAAGCAGUACGAGAUCCAGACGCACCAUCAUCUGCCGCAUCCGCUUCAGCACGCGCGCAACAACAACCACGAGGCGAACAACAAUCUUCCGCAGAUGAUACAGGCGAAGGAGGAACUGAAUCCUAAUAUCGGCAGACAAUACUCCAAGGAUCAGAAAACGAAAACGAACGCCGUGAUCACGAAGGAGCAUCAGGUGACCAGCACGAACACCGGCUCCCACUACAUCUCUCAGGACGGCUUUCACAAGUGCAUCGAGUGCGACAAGGUUUUCAACAAGGCCUGCUACCUGACGCAACACAACAAGAGCUUCCACUCCGGCGACAAGCCGUUCAAAUGCAAUCAGUGCGGCAAGAGGUUCCCCCUCGAGUACCUGCACGCGGAGCACCUGCAGAAGCACGCAGGCGACAAGCCGUACAAGUGCGAGAUAUGUCCGAAGCAGUUCAACCACAAAACCGACCUCAGGCGGCACAUGUGCCUCCACACUGGCGAAAAGCCGUACGCCUGUGAUAAUUGCGGCAAGGGAUUCAUCAGGAAGGACCACAUGAUGAAGCACCUCGAGACGCACAAAAAGAAAUCCAACAACCACAACGUUCAUCUAAGGGCGUGAUUUCAGAUGUACGAGCACCGAGGAACGCGUGAUCGACCACGGCGCCCUCGUGAUUCGUUCGUUUGGAAAGGUGAGAGAGCGUUAAAUUGUGCGCGACAAUCGCAAUCGAACUUCGCGUUUUUUCGUCGAUCAGAGACACUGGGACUCUCGAGUGCACAACCGUUCGAUCGUGAUCAAAUUUGUAUUUAUUAUAUAGUUCUCGGUUUAAGGCAGCCUCCGAGUAUCUCUGUCAUCCAAGUUCCCUCUCCCCCAUCUUCCAUCCCCCUGGUUCGAACAAAGAAUCGCUCCUUUGAAUUCCGUUUGUACAAAACGAAAAAAAAAAAAAAGAAAAAAGAUUAACGGGGAAAGUAUCGCGUUCGUUUCCUUCGAAGCAAUCGUCGAAUCAAUCGUCUUCAGGGGCAGAGUGUCGAGCUCGGAUGAAUAUUGGUUUUUUGCUCAACGGUGUAAUAUUUAUUUGACAUAGAAUCGAGAUAUAUCGAACACGUGUCCCGACGGACGGAUUCGAUGUCCGCAUAGAACCGUGAUUUUUAGCCGCGAAUUUGUUCUGGUCGCGAUACGAGGAGUCGAUCUGUUGAACCAUCGACGCGAGAACCGUUUACGUUCUCGUGUCGGUGUGCUCGACUCGAUGGAUCGCGACCAUCCACGGUAUUUUCUUUUUCCAUAGAGUUGUGGUCGAACGUUAAGAAACUCUGAGUAAACGCGCAAUUUGGAGCAAAUUCCUAAUGCGGCGUCGAACCUUCGAAGCUUAUCGAUUGUACAAAAUAUGUUAAAUGUAUAGGCGUAUGAUUAUUCUAAUUAUCGUCACUGUAAUUAUCGAACUCAAUUGAAUAUCGUCUAGAAAGUGAUUACGGAACCUAUUCAUAAUACUCGUAUUUUAUAGCGUAUAUAGCAUACUUUAUCGAGGGAGUAAGCGAGAGGAGAGGACACGGUUGAUAUAGAUAAUCGCGAGAAGACGCGAGAAAUUUCAAUUUGCGACAAUUGCUUUCACAGCGACGGCCGCGUUUCGCUAUACAAUUAACCUGUUCUUUCCUUAACUAUUUCAUUUCGCAGAACUAAAUUCUUCUUCUUCAGUUUUUCAGAUAGUAAGAUUUAAUUCGUGUUCUUACAUUCCUUGCACUUCGAUACAUUCCGAUUUCGGAGCAGCGACCGUCGCGGGAUGAAAUUCUCGCAACGCUGUCUUCUCCGUAUCUUUUGUUUUCUAAAUCAUAAGAUAGCCUAAGUUCCGAGUCGCGCGUCGCUUGAAUCGAAACUGGCUCGUAGUCGCGACGCUUCACAUAUCGACGAUCAGGACUUCUCGAAAUCGCGAGAAUCUCGGACGCUCCUCGAUGGAUCGUUCGUUUCGAUGGUGUGUCGCCGCGAACGCGUCGCGAUUGAUUCGUGGCGUAAUUCGUUGGAGCGAUCAAUAAUCACUCGAGAGGGGUCCUGUUAGCCACGGUGCAUGUAAUUGCAUCAAUUAAUGCUCGAUUAAUUGCCCGCGGAGCGCGAAACGAGCCGAUCAACGAGGAUACGAUCGAGACUCUCCUAUCUCGCGACACGAGCGAAUUUCGCUUCGAGCUACGCACAGCUCGUCGCGCACACAACACGUACACACGUAUACCACAUUGAAACACCCAUACUUGUACACAGUAUAAACGUUGACCUCGCCGUGACAAAAUGUAUGCUCGGUUCAAGCGUAAUUAUUUCCGUUGAUCAUUGUUCGAUCGGUCGGUGUUAGGCUUCUUAAACGGUUGCAACUAUCGCGACACGUUGAGCAUUUAUUUUUUCGAAUAACUUCCGUUCGGUUUGUUAUUGUUGCCAGAAACGAGUCGUUUGCUUGUUUGUAAUUAGUUUGACAAAAGACGUGAUUGUUUUUCUAUUAAUGUUCUUUAACCGUGAAAGUAGACACGCCGAGGGUCUAACGGACGAGCGUGAAUUAUGUUCGAAUUACGCGUUGCCCGAUAUAGGAUGAUUACCUUAAACCUCUUCGAGCCUGAAUUCUUCUUUUUUCUUUGGUUAAAAGGAACAGACGCGUUCCUCGUGUUAUUUCAAGUUCGAUUAACGUAGCUGAAUUUAUUGACAAUGUACAAUAGGACUCGCUGAAAUAUUCCUAGGGUUAAAGUUAAGGUUCAUUUAAACGUAAAUUAGCAUAUGCAGAUUGCGAACGAAAACUGUAUACGUAUAAAGCAUGAC